UUUUUUUUUUUUUUUUGUAUAACUAACAAACUACACAGACAGACAACCAUGAGUACAACGGGAACACAUCUGGGAAAUACUCCCAUGAAUUUAGCAAAAUUAAGAGAGCUUUCCAGACGAGAAUUACCAGAGAUUCUAGAUAAAGUUCGAGGAAAGAAGGGACUUGUGUUAGACCCUACAUUAACUGGACCACUUAGUUUGAUUGCCGAAUUCUCUCUACUCAAGGACCAUGGUGUGGAGAAAAUCUACCACCUUGAUUCUGAUACACUUGAAACCGAAUGUCCAGGACUCAUCUAUAUCUGUCGACCCAAACUCAAAUACAUGCGAUUUAUUGCCAAUCAUAUCAAACACUUUUCAAAGACGACCAAAGUGGAUUGUUGGUUAUUUUUUGUACCUGAACGUACCAUGAUUUGUGAACGUGUAUUGGAAGAGGAAGGUGUCAAGGGUGAUAUCACCAUUGGUGAUUAUGCUAUGGAUUGGAUUCCCUGUGAAGAUGAUUUAAUUUCUAUGGAAUUAGAUCCUUCCACUUGGAAAGAGAUAUACCUGGACGGAGAUCAAACCUCGAUUUAUUAUGCAGCAAAAUCAUUGAUGCGACUUCAAUCAAUCUAUGGAUUAUUCCCUCGUAUCAUUGGUAAAGGUGAUGCAGCCAAGCAAUUGGCCGAUAUGUUAUUACGUAUGAGAAAAGAACAAUCGGUGACGGAUGAAGUAUCCAAUACGACAUCAGCAAAGACACCUUCUUUACUCAAUAGUGUAUCCAACCAUAUUGAUCAGUUCAUUAUUAUUGACCGUAAUGUGGAUCUUGUCACACCUUUAUGUACGGAGUUGACUUACGAAGGUUUGAUUGAUGAGACAAUUGGUAUCAAACAUUGCUUUGUGGAACUGGAUGCAUCUUUAGUCAACCCAGCACAACAACAACAACAACAAACGGGUGCAAAGGGUGUACCUCCCACCACAAGUAAUGCAACCCCUUCCACACCCAGUUUAAACACGACAUCCCCUACCAAGAAAAAGAAGUAUGUCUUAAACUCUUCGGAUAAACUCUUUAGUCAAUUACGAGAUCAAAAUUUUGCUGUGGUCGGUGGUAUGUUGAACAAGAUUGCUAAACGAAUCAAUGAAAAUUAUGAGGAAAGACAUCAUGCAAAGACCGUUGCCCAAAUUCGUGAUUUUGUGGGUCGUCUCAGUGAACUUCAACAGGAACAUCAGUCAUUGAAAAUUCAUACUGGGAUUGCUGAGGAAAUCAUUGGACAUACUGUAACGGAUGAGUUUAAUAAGGUUUUAGAAGUCCAACAAAAUGUUGUGGCUGGUAUUGAUGGUAACAAGGAACCCGAGUAUAUCGAGGAAAUGAUUAAUAAGCAAAAACCUUUGGUGCAAGUACUUCGAUUACUUUGUUUAAUGUCCUUAGCUCAAGGAGGAUUAAAGCCUAAAUUAUUUGAUCAUUUCGAACGAGAGAUUGUGCAGGCGUAUGGAUAUGAGCACAUCGAGACGUUACACCGACUGGAAAAACUCGGGCUUUGGCAGAAAAGAACGGCAGCUUCCAAAAGUACGUUUGCCCAAUGUCGACGUAUGCUUCGAUUGAUUGUGGAUGAUGUAGAUGAAUUUCACCCGAAUGAUAUAUCGUAUGUUUACUCGGGUUAUGCUCCACUGAGUAUUCGACUUGUACAAUGUGCCAUGCAGAAAUUGGGACAAGGGUCUAUUCAGAGCACGGGUACAAGUGCAGCUAGUUUGUUUUCAUAUAUGGGACAAAGUACAGCUAAUUUUGCAGCACAAGAUAAGAACAACCAUAAGGGUGGGUGGCGUGGAUCCGAAGAUAUUUUGAAACUCAUUCCUGGUCAAGCCUUUGAUAUCAAACAGACAGUCGAAUACGGUGCAGAGACCAAUGCUGCUAUGGCAAGAGCGAAAAGACAUGGAUUACAGCAUGGUAAAACUACCAUCAUCUUUUUCUUGGGUGGAUGUACUCAUACGGAGGUAUCGGCUGUUCGCUUUUUAGCUCAGCACGAUGAAGGCCGAGAUUAUUUGGUUGCUACCACUCAAAUCAUUAACGGUAAUUCAUUUUUGGCACCCAUUAUUCAAACGAGACAAGAGUAAACGGUCUCUCUUAUCAUUGGCUCAUGACCAGUUACCCAACAAGUCGGCCCACCAAAAAAAAAAAAAAAAAAAAAAAUUAAUAAAACAUUACAGAAUUU